AUGGCUCUUAACGGAUGUCACAAAGACGCCGAAGUCUGGAAUGGCGACGACUAUUUCCUUUCCACACUGUAUUUGUUACAAAGAAUACUGGGCAAGUCAUUCGACGUGUUCUGGAUUCAACAAAAUCCAAUAAAAGCUCAUGAUGCGCUGGUUAAAGAGUUAUAUAUGGCGUCAGAUGAACAA